AUGGCAGACGUGCGGCCGCCACCCCUCCGCAGCCUGGAUGAUUUUCUCCUAUGCUCGGCGCGGUUCGCCGUGCCCGACGUCCGCGACCUAGAGCGCUGGAACAACCGCAUCAUUAACAACCUGCUGUACUACCAGAGCAAUUAUCUCCUGUCCGCGCUGGGCUUCCUGCUCAUAGUGGGGUAUUUCCAGCCCUUCCAGCUGUUUGUUGGGGCGAUGGUGGUCACCUUGUUGUUCCUUGGUUUUGUGUGGGCUGCCGAGAACCAAGCUCCCAUUCGCCGUUUCCGUAGAAACCACCCAUCAGUCUGUGUUUUGGCCAUUCUUUUGGCCAGCUACCUCUUCAUUAUGGUGCUGGGUGGUGUGGCUGUGUUCCUGUUUGGGAUAGCCUUCCCUAUACUGAUGGUUCUGCUCCAUGCGUCAGUGAGACUGCGCAGCCUGAAGAACAAGCUGGAGAAUAAACUGGAGAGCAUCGGUUUGAAGAGGACACCCAUGGGACUCCUGUUAGAGGCCCUGGGACAGGAACAGGAAGCUGGGUCCUAGAGAGGAAGAAGAGGCGGAGAAGGUGUGCAGGGGUGGUGGAUGGGUUGGGUCCAAUCACAGGGAAACAAAAAAAAGAAAUAGAGUUGAAGUGAGUGGGAAAUAGGAUGGAGAGAGGAAAAACAUAGGAGGAGAAUUACUGCCAGACAAGAACAGAAAUAAACAGAGAGAACAAGUAGAUAAAAAGAGUCACAGAACAAAAAGGGGCGGUUUGUUUUACUUAAAAGAGCUAAUGAUGAGUCAGCGGUGAAGGAUGAGACCUGUGGUCCAAUAGGAAAAGAUGUUUAAAUCAUCCCUGAUUGUUUCUUGCCAAACCUUGCACUUUAAGGAUGUCUAGUUUUGUUUAAUUCAUGUUGACAUGACAGCGUUGUGUGUUACACUUCAUAUGAGUGCAGUACUGGAGGCAGUGUGUGGACUGUAUUCUGUUUCUGUUGAGCGUGGUCACACUGAGGCCUGAUACGACAGAUUAGUAGAUCUUGAGAUAUUAAUGCUUUUUCUCUUAAAGUUCUACGUUUAUUCCACAAUUUUCUUGCAAAGUUAUUGCUGUGUUUUAAAAUAUUAUAAAAAUGUAGCUUUAGUCUUGAGAUAUUCAUCUUUUCUUGUAAAAUUAUGACUAUUCUAUUCUUAUGUUGCAACUUGAGUCUUGUAACACCACGACUCUCUCGAAAUAUUUUCAAAAUAGUUGGACUUUAUUCCUGAAGUCUCAGAUUUAUUCGUCGCAGCGGCCUCAGUAAGUCCACAUCCUGCUGCGUGACCAUCCACAGCGUCUCAGUUCACACUUCACAUGCACAACAAUGGAAAACCAAAGUAUUGUAAUACUAACAGGCUUUCCUCAUAGCAUUCUCUCAUUAUAGGUGGUGUAAAGAGAAAUAAAAUAAUAUUCACAAGGAGCAACAGGCUGACAUGCAAUACAGAAAAAGACAAGACAGCAGGUACAAUAGAACCUUCCAAAGUAUUCAACAGGUCCAAUAUGGCUACAGGCUUUAAAACUCAACACACAGCAAGAAGCAUCAGAAAUAAUUGAAAUGAUCUCAAUCCGUUGUGCUUGCACAGCUCAGUGAUCCUCAGUGAUGAGAUGGACAUUUUUAGCAGAGCAGAUGGAGGUGAUACGGUAUCAUUACUAGACCUGCAUUUGAAAUGAACUCCUCUUUCAUUUAGUGUUGACAUUAGUUUGUGUCGUAUUGAGAAGUGACUUCAAAUCCUUAAAAGAGUUCAGGGAAGUCAGAGGUUUUCUCUAUGAAGAAAAUCUGUGUUAAGCAUUAAAGAGCUGAUACAGGACCAAUGGGAGAAGAAGGAAAAUAUGAAGGAAUCAGAGAUGAGCUGGAGCAAAUCUCCUGUUUUAAAACUAAUCAUUUCAGUUACCACAUCUCUAAGCUUGAAUUUAUCCAGAAGUAAAGGCUUUAGCCACAGAGCUGCCCAUUCCAGUCCCCUCACUGCUGGGGUCAGUGGGAUCUGCCCAGUCUCCCAGUGCUGGCAACUGGGAGACGCUUUGCUGCAGCAAAUGACUCACUUGGAAUGUACCCUUAAUUCCUUUAUAACUUAAAUCCUUGUUACCACGAUAAAGUUUGUUGGUUGUUGUACCAACGUGGUGGUUUCCAGUUUUCUCCUUAUAAUGUUGCCGUUUUUAGCCACACUAGCUGCGAGGCUCUAUAAAUGGCAUUGUUGGUUGAUCGAUUGGAAUAUGGAACUGAACCACAUGACAUCCUGUUGUUACUGCCGUCCUGUUGUAAAGUUACAACAGGACUUUACAAAUACUUUGCAUUAUUACAAAUGUCAGUAUAAUUUAACAUAAUUUUGAAUGAAGUUCUCUUAUUCCCAGACCCCGAACCUUAACACAUUAAGACUUCAGACAGCGUUUACAGGUUGUCCAGUACUGGAAUAUACAGUACGUGGUCGGGUCCCUGCUUUGUAGUCCUGAUGUAGGACUUCUGUUCUUGAAGACAGAUAAAAGACACUCCUGUAUUGUUCUUAUGAACGAAGGAAAUUUUUUGAAAACACUGAAGGUUUUUGUCCUUGUAUGUCAGCCAUGUUACAGAAAAUAACUUUGUACUACAAAAACUGACUGUGCUCCACACAGUGAAGGUAUUUGAUGAAGUGAGAGAUAUUUAUAUGAUAUUGAUAUAAGCAGCCUGUUGUGGGUCGGGGUGUUUUAAACAUCUGUGCCUGGUGAAAUCUACCAUCUCUGCAUCUUGUAUUUAAGAAACUGCGUUUCCUUCUGAUUCCUCCUGACCACUGUUUUGAUUCAAGUUUGUGAAACGUACUGUGUGACCGUUUCCUCCACUCUAACAGGUUUUUUUCUGGUCAGAGUUUAAGAUGCUGACAGGCUGUGGUUUUUAUGUAUGCAUUUUGAUUAUUAACCCUGUUGUUUACUAUGAAAGACUUUGUUGGCAGCACUGCCCUGAAGAAAGAAACAGCCCUAUAAGUGGCUGAUUUAUAUUGUGUAUGUGCCAUUUGGGUUUCGACAUUUGCCUUGCAUCAUUCAUGUAUUACACAUUUUGUUGACAUACUUGUUGACAUUUCUGCAUGACUGUGCACAUUUAUCUCAUUUAACAGCUCAAGAUUAUAAAUGUUGAGCGUUGCCUUCCAUUCAGCAGCUGUUGGUUGUUGUUGAUCCACCCACACAGUGUCUUUUGCCCAUUUGCCAAAAGCUGGUAAUUAAAUUUGUUUUAAAGAUUUUUUUUUUCUAACUUAAAAUAAAAA